CCUCUUGACACGUAGGUAUAAAGGCAUGUGAAAUGCGUAGGUUACCUUAUAAACGAGUAUCAUCAUCAUGUAUUUUAAACUUGUAUUGGUUUCAGUUGGUCUAAUUUGUGUAGGUGUUGCCUCAGGGGGUUCUACAAGAUAUUGCCAUGAUUGCGUUGGUAGGACCGACACGUCCCCCAAAGACUUCUCGAACUGCCGUAACUAUGUUAAUGUCACCAAGAAUGACGACUGUUCAUCACAAGCUUAUUGCAUAUCUAAAUUAGGGACUGAGACAAGAAACAAAGUCACCGUUGAGAUAGCGGUGAGAAUGUGUUCUGACCGUAAUUGUGAGUGGCAGAGGAAAUAUAACGCAGGAGAAAAAUACUGUUCGGAGUGCCAAAGCGACUAUUGCAAUAAUGACAAGUUUUGAUCAGUAAGACCAAGCCUCUAUAAGGAUUGUGGACAUUUUUCUUCAUACUAUAUUAUAAGUUAUUUUACUAUUCUUUAAUAUUUGUGUUCUUAUUUCUUUCAUAUUAUCUUCUAAACUACACAGUGUAAGAAUUAUUUUGGGUUGAUCGGAUUGAUAUUAAAUAUACAGGGUGUAAUGAUAGUUACA